AUCAGCAAACAGCUGCGACUGAACUUUGUCCUCCUUCCAGAUAGAAAAACAACAAGCAGAGUAUAAAAGGGGCGAGCGGUCGGGGGAAGAGACUUGUUUUUGUCCUAGGAGUUGCAGGAGCAAAGACCUGAGCGAGGGAAGCAAACUUUUCAACUAAAGGCAGAUCUGGGGCAGUGAGGAGGCACCACAGGGAUGUGGGUGGGCCUCAGCUUGCUCCUCACUCUCUGCCUGCUCCAUGGGGGCGGAGCAGAGAGUGACGGGGGUGGGCCUCGCUGUCAACUGCCGCAAGAGUGGAGGAUCGGGGAGGUGGAGCCAAUGAAGGGAACGAUGGGCCAGGUGACAGUGGUGGCCCUUCUACAGGCCAGCUGACUGUUCUGCUUGGUGCAGGCUUCCAGAAUGGAUGGCCUGCACCAGAAGCUAGAGAGUCAGGGAUUGAAGGAUGUGAUAUACAUGGUGAUUAACCACCAGGGGGAGCAAGCAGUGCGCCUGCACACCAUGCUGGAACAGAGACUGUCAUCCAACAUCAGACUGUACAAGCAGGAGGAGCAACAGCCUGAUGUUUGGCAGACACUGAGUGGAGAGAAAGACGACUUUCUCAUUUAUGACAGGUGUGGCCGUCUCACCCACCACAUUUCACUCCCGUACUCCAUCAUCGGACAGGGUCAUGUUGAGAGUGCGAUCAAAGAUACCUACUGCAAACGCAUAUGUGGGGACUGCACACAUGAGAGCGCUGAGACCCCAGAGGAGUGCAAAGGGAAAGCAGAUGCACAGCCUGAUGCAGUUGCUAUCCCAGCUGCAGAGGAAGACACCGGACACGGUCACGGGCAUGGUCACCAUCAUGGACAUCACCACGGUCAUGGCCAUGGGGAUAAUCAUGGUUUUCACCCCCGUGGUUUUGGCCACGGAGGUGGUCACAACCAUGGUCAUCACCAUGGAAACCAUGACGGCGCUGGCCAUGGCCAUGAUCAAGGGCAAAGUCAAAGUUAUCAGGGUCUUAGACCACAGGGGCAUGAGCAAGAUAGUCAGCAACCUGUGGAUUUAGGCCAGAUGCAGCAAGCAGUGCACAUGCACCAGAUGCCACAGGAGGCCCGCGGAGCCCCUGUGAUGCCUUGACUACCAAAGAAGGCGAGCUGAAAGUCAAAGCACAGCUGACAGUGGACAGCAGGCUCUGACAACGACGCCUCUCCAAAGCUCAGCUGAUGCUGACACUGACGCAGGCUGUUUGACGACGCAGGGAGCGAGCAGCCCGUCGGUCUGUGACACUGUGAUGAGGCGUUGCCCGCCUCCUGACAGUGACACGGGCUGAUGGGCGAUGCAGCCAAUAAUGUUAGGGAGACCUGACAGUGACGCUCGCCUCCUGCUGACUGACAGCAGGCUCAGCCGGCCCAGUGAGCCUGACCCCCGGGUGUUGUGAGCUGAGGGUGAGAGCAGCUGUAAGCUGACUCUGAUAUCAGCCUCAUAUGAACAUCUGCUAACAACACCAGGGUCAAGCACAUUUUUUACCAACAAGUAUUACCCUGGGAAAGGGCGGGGCAGUUCCUGACAGCAUACAGUAGAUGGGGCAUAGAUGAACAGAUGGAAUCCAGCGUCACACAGAUUAAGAUCCACACAAAUCAUGAAUUGGAAACUCUUUAAAUUUGGCAACAGAUAUGCGAAUAAUUUGCCUGUGCCUUAAAAAUCGAAUGCCGUGUUUCACCCGUCUCUGCAUGUCUGUCAGUGUUUUGCUCUCAUCCUUUCUCAGGAGUAUGUGGUUGUCAUAUUCCUAUGUUGCCUUCCCCAUUUUGCUCUCUCCGUCCUCUAUGAAACCAGGCGCAGAAACUACGCUCUAGUGGCGUCUGUAUGAAGUUCGGCAGGAGAGAGAGGAGAGGGCAGUCCAGGAACAUGAUGAGCACUCAAAAUAUUUCAAAAUUCCGUAUGAGAGGUGGUUUGAAGAAAUACGAACAAUUUGAUGGAAUCUGCAAAUAUUGAAAAAAAAUAUAUAGAUGAAGGAAGAAUAAGAUAAGAAGCCAAUGCAGGAGUUCAGAUUCCGUGAAUUAAAUCUUGCAAGAAGGUAAUGCAACUUUUUUUUUUUUUAACCCUGAAAGCACAAAAUAUGUAAAAGAAAACCUAAAAAAGUUCAUACCAGUGAUGCAUUUUUCUGUAGGGCAUGCUAUUGAUCACUGUUUUUGAGCACAUAUAAUGGCACUAGCAACACUUGUUUAUCUUUUUUUCCCACUUCCAAACGAGUAUUUGACAUUUCUGUAUUUCUUUUGUUGCAUUUACUAGAUUUGUUGGUGGCAAAUUGCACAUUUAUACAAAGCUUGUUUUAAAAAGAUAAAAAAUAAUACAAAGCUCUAUUGUUUGGGAAAAGGCCGAGAGUGAAGCAAUGAAUGACAGUUGGAACCCACUCUGUGCUUAAUGACGGUUUCUGUGGAAAGAUAAUCACCGACAACCCGAUGCUUGCACAGAGAAGUGUUUUGUGUUGAAGUUGUCACACAUGGAAGUGUUGAAUAAAGAUGGUUGAGCUACA